UAAACUCAAAAGAAGAAGAAGAAGACCUUCCACCACGUCAAUGUGUUGAAGCUUCAAACAUGAAAACAAAGUGGUGAUUUGGUGUUUUUGAUUUUGGGUUCAUCCUGGUGCUUCAUCUGGACGCUAAGCGGUGACCUGGUGUUUGAGUGUCGGUUCAUCCUGGUGCUUCAUCUGGACGCUAAGCGGUGACCUAAGUGUCGCUUCGUCCUGGUGCUUCAUCACCUUUGUGACUAUGAAGACGGUGCUGAUGGUCGCGGAGAAGCCCUCUUUGGCUCUCUCCAUCGCCAAAAUCCUCUCCAAAGGGAGUUGUUCGAGCCGUAAGGGGCUGAACGGAGCGUGCUCCGUCCACGACUACCAGGGCAGCUUCCAGGGCCAGGUGGCACGCUUCAAGAUGACCUCGGUCUGCGGCCACGUGCUGAGCCUGGACUUCAUCGGGAAGUACAACGACUGGGACAAGGUGGACCCGGCGGAGCUCUUCAGCCAGGCCCCCACCGAGAAGAAAGAGGCCAACCCCAAGCUCAACAUGGUCAAGUUCCUCCAGGUGGAGGCCAGAGGGUGCGACUACGUCGUUCUUUGGUUGGACUGCGACAAGGAAGGAGAGAACAUCUGUUUUGAGGUCCUGGACGCCAUCGAGCCGGCGAUGAACGCGCCGCGCGGCCGCGAGCAGACGGUGUUCCGGGCCAAGUUCAGCUCCAUCACCGACACGGACAUCUGGAAGGCCAUGAGCCAGCUGGGGGAGCCCAACCGCAACGAGGCGCUGGCCGUGGACGCGCGGCAGGAGCUGGACCUCCGCAUCGGCUGCGCCUUCACCAGGUUCCAGACUAAGUACUUCCAGGGUAAAUAUGGAAACCUGGACUCCUCCCUGAUCUCCUUCGGGCCCUGCCAGACUCCCACCCUGGGCUUCUGUGUGGAGAGACACGACAAGAUCCAGUCCUUCAAACCCGAGACCUACUGGGUCAUCCAGGCCAAGGUGUUCAAAGGGAAGGACGGCCCUCUGACGCUGGACUGGGACCGGGGGCGGGUCUUCGACCGGGAGGCGGGCCAGAUGUUUGUGAACCUGGCCAAGACUUCCAGGGAGGCCCGGGUGAGAGUACACACACACACACUAUCUACCUCCACACGGGCCACCUGUAGGUCAGUCUGUCCCACGGGGCCCCUGUAGGUCAGUGUGUCCCAC